AUGAGCCUUGACUUAGAACCUUGGAGAAGAAAGAACCAAGGGCAUGAACUGGAAGAGUGGUAUGAUAAGCGGACCGAGCUCUUAACUGCUUCGAGAGUUAAUGCGUCUCCAUCACCUGUACCUCCCACACCAAACAGUCGUCUCACUCACGUGCGCCGUCCCGACCUUGUCAACGAUCACCGGGACUCGAACGGGAUUCCCGCCCGCAAACACCUGCCCGGCAGCGCUAUCGCGAAUCCGUGCUAUCUGUCGCGGAUCGGCGAUACCCUCGGCGAUAGGCGCGGGUAUAAAACGGCGCGGGCGGCGCGCGCCGCGCACGUCGACACGCCAUUCCCCGAGGCCAUGGUUGCGCGCGGAGCGAGACCGGCCGCGGCUGCGGCGCUGGCGCUGGCCAUGACGGCGGCGGCGGUGAUGGUGGCGGCGGCUGCAGACGCCGAGCAGCCCACGCCCCGCGAGGCGGUGCUGGAGGCGGUGGCCGGCGCGCUGCUGGACCCUGCGGCACCCCUGCCCUGGCGCCGCGCCCCGCGUCCCGAGUGGAGCCUGCCCAACAACCUCAGGUGCAUGCAGCACAUCACGGCCAUGUGGGAGGGCGUCAACAACAAGAAGAUGUGGGCUCUCCAGAUGGCAGACGCAUCUACGAAGAUCCCUGAGGGCCUGAUGUUCGGAAACCUAGUUCACCUGGGGAAUUUCGACGAAUGCCUAGCAGUGAAAAGUGGCACAAAUGGUCCAACAGGCUUCGACGGUCAACACUGUCUCGUCACCUUAAAGAUAAAAAUUGCAUGGUGCGCGCCUUCCUCCUGUGAGCCGAAGGACCUCGAGAUGCUGGCGAAUGCGACCCUGCCAGACCUGUCUGCCUACGGCUUGCAGGUCUCUGCUUCUGUUCUACCUUCUCAGUGUCACGUGGAUGAGCCGGUAAUACUUAGGGGCAUCGAUAUCUUUGCAAUUUGUUUGCUGGGUUUCUUUGUGGUGUGUGCGGUAUUAAGCACAAUCUACGACAUUUUUACUGAGAAGAAAGACAAUCGACCCUCGCUUUUACUCGCUUUCUCAAUGUACUCCAACUGGCCCAAGAUCCUCACGGUCAACACUGGUCAGGAUCAACUGACUUGCCUCAACGGCAUUCGUACCAUAAGCAUAGGCUGGGUGGUACUUGGUCAUGUUUAUCUUGUCAACGCAGCCCUACCUGCCAUCAACACCUUGGAUUAUCUCCCGGAAUUCAUCCGCGCCCUGGAACGCCUCACCAUUAUGAACGCCACGGUCUCCGUCGACACUUUCUUCAUGAUGAGCGGCCUUUUUCGGCACAACAAGAUAAAAGAAGAGUGCUCAGACAACUGGUGGACCAAUCUGCUCUACGUGAACAACUACGUGAAUCCUGACAGAAUGUGCCUUGGCCAUACGUGGUACCUGGCGGUCGACAUGCAGUUGCACUGGCUGUCCCCGCUCGUGCUGGUGCCUUUGUGGAAGAUGAGGAAACGCUUGGCGAUGGGCUGGGUAAUCUACUUGAUCGCACUCGGCUGGGCCAUUCCCUUCACCAUUGUGUACAUCAUGGAGCUUUACCCUGGCAUUUACGUGGGGCCAGCGGAAAAGCGUUCCGAAACCAUGAAGUACUACUACUGGCCGACGCAUACACGUUUCGUACCUUGGCUGUUGGGAGUGCUUCUGGGAUACAUUCUGCGAGAAUGCCGAAAGGAAAAGCCCGUCAUCCAUCCCGUGUUGAUAACAUGUGGGUGGAUUACAUCGACGGUGCUGAUGACUGGCGCCCUGAACGCGGCCUACCCGUUUCAGCAGCCAGGCUGGAAGUACAACCGUGUGGAGGCCGCCUUUUGGCUGUCUCUCUUCAGACCGCUGUGGGCCGUGGGGUUGGGCUGGAUUAUUUUCGCCUGCGACCAAGGAUACGGAGGACUAGUCGAUAAGAUUCUCUCGUGGAAUUUUUUCCAACCGUUGGCUCGACUCUCCUAUGGGGUCUAUCUGACACACAUCACCAUACUGAACCUGUUUGCUGGCGUAAUUCAAUCGCCUGUCUACUUAGCAGAUGUGAACGCGAUACCCCAGUUCUUUGGAGUACUCAUCAUGUCUGUGGCUUGGGCUAUACCUUUAGCUCUACUCUUUGAAUCACCCAUCAUAUUACUUGAAAAGGCCAUUUUGGGUGGCGGCCGGCGGCCGGCUCCUGCGGCGGACAAAGAACAGGGAAUAAAAGAAAAAGGAGAAAAAGAAGUCCCAAUUAGUAACGGAGGACCUAAAGUGUAAUUCAUCACGAUUAACAUUUUAAUUUAUCAUCUUCAUCUGCGUCUAAAUCGGUGGACCGAACGACAUUUAAGGAAGUAGAAGAUCUUCAUUUGAAUUACUUUAUGCCCAGACAUAUUUUAUAUUUUCAUCAGUAUUCAGACUUAUUUAGGUUUUGUUUGGACUGAAAAAAAUUGUUUUUAUCUGUAGUACCACGCGUUUUAAUUAUUUCGAGGCCAUAGUUCAUUAUUUUUUAGUUACUCUAGUCUAAUAUUUUAAAUCAUAUUAUUUAUUAUUCGAUAGUUAAUUGUGUUUUAUUCCCACAUCUACGAGUUCCGAUUGACA